UAAGAUCAGCCUUCUACCUCCUCUGCUUUGCAUUCCUCCUUCCAGUUCCAACCGCAAUCAAUGGCUGCCAUGAAGAUCGCCCUCCUUGCCGUGGCCGCGAUCUCUACACUCUUACUAGGCACCGCGUCGGCGGCGACCUACGGCGUCGGCGAGCCCGGUGGUUCGUGGGCCCUCAGCACCGACUACAGCAAAUGGGUGUCCAACAAGAAGUUCCAUCCAAAUGAUGAAAUCGUCUUCAAGUACUCGACCCCGGGGCACGACGUGGUCGAGGUCAGCAAGGCCGGCUACGACUCCUGCAGCGCCGCCAACGCCAUCAACACCUUAACCUCCGGCAAUGACGUCAUCACACUCAACACCACCGGCACCCGGUACUUCAUCUGCGGCGUCCCUAACCACUGCAGCCCCACUACCGCCGCGAGCAUGAAGGUCGUCAUCGAAGUGGUGCCGAGUUCCUCCUCGCCAUUGUCGCCCAUGCCGGCCGCAGGUCCCGGCGCGAACAACCCGCCGCCGCCCUCCUCUACCGCAACCCCCGUCGGGGCCGCAGCAGGAUUUGGCCUCGUCGCCCUACUGGCGGUCGGUCUCAUGGCUUAGAAUGCAUAUUUCAGCUGCAUGCCGCACGCACAUAUGAGCUUACAUAUUGUUUGACUAGUUAUUAAUGGUGAAUACACAUGUAUUCUUGUUUUUUUUGCGAGGGCACACGUAUUCUUGUUAGAGGAAGAAUGUGAGAACUACUUUGUAUCUCUCACUUUUGUAUGUAAUCUAUUAGCCUUUAGGCAUUUCAUAUUGAUUUUGGAGGUUAAAUUAAUAAAGAUGCAUCAGUACAUGCCUAAA